GUAAAAAGGCGUAUCCCUCCCUAUUUAUUGUACUGUUGACUAGCAGUUUAGUCUCGGCUGACGCAGAUCGCUGCUCUUUGGUGGUUACACAAGGAAUCUUCAAGGAUCCGUCUGCAAGAUGUCUAAAGACGUCCCACGUGAGCCGGAGCAGCUUCGCAAGCUGUUCAUUGGAGGCCUGAGCUUUGAGACAACAGACGAAAGCUUGCGUGCUCAUUUUGAACAAUGGGGGACCCUCACAGAUUGCGUGGUCAUGAGAGAUCCCAACAGCAAGCGAUCCAGGGGUUUUGGCUUUGUAACAUACUCGUCAGUACAAGAAGUUGAUGCUGCUAUGUCUGCACGCCCUCACAAGGUGGAUGGGAGAGUUGUAGAGCCUAAACGUGCAGUUUCCCGAGAGGACUCCAACCGCCCAGGCGCUCAUAUAACCGUAAAGAAAAUCUUUGUUGGCGGCAUUAAAGAAGAUACAGAAGAAUCACAUCUGAGAGAUUACUUUGGACAGUUUGGGAAAAUUGAGGUCAUUGAUAUCAUGACUGAUCGUAACACUGGAAAGAAGAGGGGCUUUGCGUUUGUAACUUUUGAUGACCAUGAUUCAGUCGACAGGAUUGUCAUCCAAAAAUACCACACAAUCAACUCUCACAACUGUGAAGUGAGGAAGGCGCUCACCAAGCAGGAAAUGCAAAGUGCAGGAAUGGGAAUGAGAGGCGGGCGCAACAGCGGAGGAAGACCAUAUGAUUAUGACAGAGGCUUUAACCAAGGUGGCAGGGGAAGGUAUGGAGACGGUCCAUACAAUUGCAAUGGAGGUGAUGGCGGCUAUGGAGGUGGCCCUGGUGGUCCUGGUGGAUACAACAAUGGUGGAAACCGAGGAUAUAACCAGGGUUACAACCAGGGUGGUGGUGGCGGCGGUGGUGGCGGUGGUUAUGGAGGAGGAGGAGGAGGAAACGGUUAUGACAGUAAUGGCUAUGGCAAUUGUGGUGGUGGUGGUGGUGGCGGCGGCGGCGGUGGUGGCGGCAAUAACUACAACAACAUGGGCCACUACGACCCCCAGGCUUCCAACUUUGGGCCGAUGAAAAACAACUUUGGUGGUGGUGGCGGCGGCGGUGGCGGUAGGAACUUUGGUGGCUAUGGAGGUGGCUCAAACAAUCCUGGUGGCUAUGGCCGUCCGGGACGAUUUUAAGAUCUGAAAUGGACUGAGUACUUAGGAGCAAGGAGAGGAGAGCAAGCGAAGUGACAGGGCAGCUGCAGGUUUACCUCCUAAAUCUGCUCAGCCAAACAGUUGUGGCAGGUUACAGCUGCUACAAGAAGAGAUGUACUGUAGAUAAAUCAUGGAGGGCCUUCAUUUAAACUUUGUGAUCUGUUUUUUUUUCUUUCACAUGUAUUUCUGGAAAGCAAGCAUUCCAAUGAGGGUUUUAUGUUUAAGUCUGGUUUUUAUUUGUAACUGCAUCCAAUCUGAAAUAAACCACCUUUCAGUUUUGUUUUUUAAAA